AUGUUUACUUACAAACACAGAUUUGAGUUUCAAGGACUCAUAGCCACAUUCACAUAUAAAUACUGUCUUCGUGCAAUGGUAUUAUCUGCAACUCUUGGAACCCAAGAAAACUUCAGUGGUUUACCGGACGAUAUCUUUGAUUACAACCACCAAAUAUUUUAUGAAUUUGUUCAACAAAAAUAUGGUGUUAAACUUGCAAUAGAUAAUUUGAUCGACUUACUGAAACUGAAAGUAGAACAACAAAGAAAGAAGAAACGAUCGUCGAAACGAUCGUCGAAACAACAUUCAUCUGCUCACUCAAGCACAAAAUCAGCUGAACGUGAACCAGCUACACAGAAAGAUCUUUUAUUAACACAACCUUUGGAUUUUCAUGAUUUAUCGUUCAGCAAUGCAGCAACAACACAACCUUCGGAUUUACAUAAUCAAUCAAUAGCACCGUCUUAUUUAUCCUCACAAAAAGAACGUCUAGAUGAACUUGGUCAUCUAGCUGAUAUUGAACGACGUCUCGACAAGUGGUGGAAGUCUAUCAGUGACGCGAAUUCUUGUUUGCAGAGUGGUACGGAUUAUUUCGUAGAGAUUAACAAAUCGACGGACACUACAUUCACAUCUGUUCUGACUUGUCAUUGUAACACCAAAUUCAAAUUGCCAUAUACAGAAGCACACUUCUUCAAGUUGUCAACGUUUUGCCGACAUUUUAAAGAAAAACACUUUGCCAAGUUCAACAAAAGAAAACAUUUCAAAAGAAACGACAAUUAUGUUUAUUCUUCAACGGAACAGUCUGAAACGUUCGAUGACAUUUCUCAAACAUCGUUUAUUGAACUAGAAGAUGCGAAUAGCGAACGAACGUCUCCUUCCUCAAAACGUGUUCGUUCUCACUCAAUUAGUGCGACUCGACCAGCGAAAAAGAAGUAA